GUGUAAAUGAAUAAUAAGAUACCGUCUGUUUCCACACCCUCACUAAGCUAUCCACAUUUGCAUACUUGUUUCUUUUCUUUGCCCAGGUGUUGCCUCGGAGAUGCCCAGCGCACAGGAGCAGACCGAGCUGAAUGAGAUUGAAGAAGAGCUCAGCAAGCUGGCUCGGCAGCAGCAGCAGCUCCUGAGCAGGAAACAGCUGCUCACCGUGCUGCAACACUUCAAACACAGCACUGGCUUCAUCUCCACUGACAAGAAGGCAUUGACCAGAAGAACAGACUCCACCGAGAAGACGGAGCUUGAGAGCAUCGAUGAGCAGCUUAGAGACAUUGCAGAGCAAGAGGGAGUGCUCCUGAACCGCAAGGAAGAGAUCCUCUGCCCUGACCAGUUCAAACCAGAUUUGUCCAAACUGAAUGGCCUUGGAAUGUUUGUUCUGCCUCGUGUUUCGGAUGAGUUUGCAAUUGCAGUACCACCACCAUCGUUCCCAGCACCCCAGCUGACUCUGGACUACAACAAGCUCACAGACAGCCCCACCCCAACACAGUGCCCCUCCUGUCAGCAGUUUGUGACCACAGAGAUUUCCAGGAAGGUGGGAAACACUGUCUGGCUAUUGUGCAUCAUGGCAGUCAUGUUUGGAUGCUUUCUUGGCUGUUGUUUAAUUCCCUUCUGUAUAAAUGCACAUAAAGAUGUGGUCCACAUGUGCCCUAAGUGUCGAUCCACGAUUCAUACAAUGAAGAGGCUUUAAGAAUCCAGCAGAAGUAAUAAAGAAAUGGCUUUGGCUUCUGGCACACUGACAGCAAACUUGGCAUGAAAGAUGGAAAUGUUCUACAAAAAAGUUCACAAUGUAUUGUUAACGGUUAGUUAAUGCUUGGCCAUUGUGCCCAAAACAAAACUGGACAACAGCAGUGAAGUAAUAUGUAGAGUUUUAAAGCUGGGAUAUUAUUCUGAACCUAGGCCAAAGAUAAAAUUAUUUUGCUUGUCUCAACAAGCACAUUUCAGAAGGUACAUUUAUGUAAUCUGGCACCUGCAUAUAUUUGUCACGCCCCCUUUGCUUUUCGGAUUUAACAUAUCCAGCUUGAUGUAAAUUGGGUUGCCUCCAGCAGAAACAACAGUAUAAAGUAAUAGCAGGUUUCCUCACAUUGAUUACCCACAUGCUUUCAUAUCCAUGCAGAAGUUGCGAUGUAUGUUUUUAGCUUGUCAACAUGGUGAUGCAGAAACUCUUGGAAUAUAACUUCAAAGGGGCUGUUCAAAAUCAGUGUUAAUAAGCUGAGUUCAUUUGAUCAGGAGUUAUGCAAUAACUAGUACUGAAACUAUAGUGCUAGGUCUUCUAUGGAUACAUUGGUGUUCAUUAAUAUAAUUUAUUUUCAAUAUUCAGGCAACUAUAUUGCAUGAACAAGAGACUUGCAUGUUAUCAACUCAUUUUGAAUAUCAAAAUUGAUUUAAUAGUACUGAUUAUAUAUAAUUCCACCCAAUAUUUAUAAUAAAAAUAAACCCUGUAAAGCUUCGAUCUAGUCUGUUUCUUUUCUAAACCUGUGAUUCAGCAUUAUUGGCUCUUUUCAUAGAUCUGGAUUAGCACUAAUCUUUAAUUACUUUACUGACAUUAAUGUAAACCAGUCAAAGACUGGUGCUAAUCGAGGUCUGUGCAGCCAGUCAUAAGAGACUUGAGGCAGUGGGACACACCAUAGUCCCAUUCACAGUACAUCACCACUUUUAUUGACACAAAAAAGGCUGAUACAUAACAAACAUUUCAUUUGUAUCUAAAAGUUUGCCAGUAUUUACAAAAUAAAGCUCAAGUGUGC